AUGAUUCGUCAUUUAGGACACGGAAGUAACGCGUCGUGUGGCACUGGCCUAGCAUUCAAUGGCCUGACGGGGCGAUGUGAUUAUCUUAAUAAUAUUGAGAAAUGCUUACUGGGUAGCAGAACGGAACAUGUGGAAUCACUGGAUAAUGACAACGACUGCAGAUGCAAGGAUCAGGAGGAUGGCCUUUACGCCAAUGGAUGCACUGAAAAGUUUUAUUCAUGCUCAAAUGGCAUAUCGACGGGAUUCGAGUGUCCUCCCGAACUGGUCUUCAACGUCCAGGGAGAGUGGUUUAUGAGAAUGUAUUUGAGGGGGCAUGACGAUACUGAUAUGCCACCGUCGGGGUGCGCAGUCCUCGAUGACGGUAUUUACGGUCUGGCACCAUGUGGAGUCGGCUAUUAUCACUGUUUGCGUGGCGCGACAUCGUUUUCGAAAUGCGCCUUUGGCUUAGUUUUCAAUCCUUCUUUGGGACGAUGUGAUUUCAGGUAA